AAAGAGGGGGCAGGGAAGCCUUGGGGAGAAGAGUUUAGGGUUUAUCUGGGUUUCUGUGUAUGUAUAUGGGUUUAGGGUUUGAGGCAGAGCCGCUCCAGCCAGGCGUUGCUCCAACUCCUUCUCAACUUGAAAUUGCGGCGCAGAAUGCGGUGUUUCAUGAACAAGAGAUAUCUACCCAGAAUAUCAUACGCGCUCGAAGAGAAGCAAGAGGUGUGGGUGGCUCUGAUUCUUCGGACAUGUUCUCUGAACGCCCUGAUUCCAGCGCUCUCAAGGAGCAUCUGUUGAAGAUGACCACCGAACAUCGAGCUCUUAUGGCUGUCAAACGUGGCGACCCUACUCUCCUUCAUGAUCGAUGUAACUUAGAAAUCGGUAACGGCUAUGGGGUACCAGGAGGAGGUGCUUAUCAAGGUGGUACAAUGUCUAAUAGUACUCUGCCUAGGAAUUUAGGAGUUGGAAUCAAUGAAAUGGGACAGAUGAACCUUGAGCCUGAUAAGGGCUUUGAACAGAAACCUCCAGCUAAAGAAUUGUCUGAGUAUCUUAAAAAAAAGUUGCGAGAAAGGGGUAUUCUCAAGGACGACUCAAACAAAAACGACCUUAACAUAAAAAGUACUUCACAACGGAUCGAAUAUAACAAAUUGCCUCCUGGAUGGGUGGCUGCAAAAGAUCCUACAAGUGGUGCUUUGUAUUAUUUUAAUGAGACUACAGGGAGGAGUCAAUGGGAAAAGCCGGCUGAAACAUCUUCUAAUGCACCACUUCCAUCACCUUUAUCUCUUCCUGAAGAUUGGGUGGAGGCUUUGGAUGAAACAACAGGUCACAAGUAUUACUACAAUACGAAGACAUAUGUAUCACAAUGGAAACACCCUGACUCAUCACAGCAAGUUGAAUCUCGACAUUGGGAUGAACAAUCAUCUGAGCCACAGGUAGAAAAGGAUCAAUUAUCCAAACGACAAAGAUGCACGGGUUGUGGUGGAUGGGGAGUAGGCCUUGUUCAGAUGUGGGAUUACUGCAAUCAUUGCACGAGAAUUCUUGAUCUUCCACAAUGCCAGUACUUGACAACUACCUUGAAUUUUAGUCACCAGACCACAAGUGCAGCUGAUACCAAAGGUGAUGGUGAUUUGGACAAAAAGGCCACCAUGCAGAGGUCCAAUCAGAAACCUCCAAUGGGAAAAGGGAAUAAAAGAGAGAGUAGGAAACGUGCUUACUCUGAGGAUGAUGAAUUAGAUCCUAUGGACCCCAGCUCUUAUUCAGAUGCUCCCCGUGGUGGCUGGGUGGUAGGCCUCAAAGGAGUGCAACCACGAGCAGCUGAUACCACUGCUACAGGUCCUCUCUUCCAACAGCGUCCAUACCCGUCACCAGGUGCUGUCUUGAGAAAGAAUGCCGAAGUUGCUUCACAAACCAAGUCAAACUCACAUUUAGCACCUAUAUCCAAAAGAGGGGACGGUAGUGAUGGACUUGGUGAUGCUGACUAAGAUGCUUUAUCAGUGUUAGUAUUUAUGCUUAUCAAAGAUGAGGGUGAAUAUCAUGUAUUCAUUUUGUUGGUUUCUAAUCUUAAUGAUAUAGUUCCACGAACAACACAGAAUGAAUCAAUUGAUGGUA